GUCCCGGCGGGCGGCGGCAUGGGCACCCGGCAGACCAAGGGCAGCCUGGCGGAGAGAGCCAGCCCCGGCGCAGCGCCUGGCCCCCGCCGCGAACGGCCCGACUUCUGGGCGUCGCUGCUGCUGCGCGCCGGGGACAAGGCGGGGCGCGCGGGCGCGGGGCUGCCCCCCUACCACCGGCGCGUCGGCAUGGUCCAGGAGCUGCUGAGGAUGGUGCGCCAGGGCCGGCGGGAAGAGGCGGGGACGUUGCUGCAGCACCUGCGCCAGGACCUGGGCAUGGAGUCAACCUCACUGGAUGAUGUCCUGUAUCGCUAUGCCAGCUUCCGGAACCUGGUGGACCCCAUCACACACGACCUCAUCAUCAGCCUGGCACGCUACAUCCACUGCCCCAAGCCGGAAGGUGAUGCACUGGGCACCAUGGAGAAGCUAUGCCGGCAGUUGACCUACCACCUCAGCCCCCACUCCCAGUGGAGGCGCCACCGUGGACUGGUGAAGAGGAAGCCACAGGCCUGCCUCAAGGCUCUCCUGACUGGGAACCCUCCAGACAAUACAGUGGACCUGUCAGGCAUUCCACUGACUUCCCGGGACCUGGAGCGGGUGACCAGCUACCUGCAGCGCUGUGGUGAGCAGGUGGACAGUGUGGAGCUGGGCUUCACGGGCCUCACAGAUGACAUGGUCCUGCAGCUACUGCCAGCCCUCAGCACCCUGCCUCGCCUCACCACACUAGCCCUCAAUGGAAACCGGUUGACCCGGGCCCUGCUGCGCGACCUCACUGACAUGCUGAAGGACCCCAGCAAGUUUCCCAAUGUCACUUGGAUUGACUUGGGCAACAAUGUGGACAUCUUCUCUUUGCCCCAGCCCUUCCUGCUCAGCCUGCGCAAGCGGUCUCCAAAACAGGGCCACCUACCAACCAUCCUGGAGCUGGGGGAGGGUCCUGCCAGUGGGGAGGAGGCCAGGGAAGGGACAGUGAGCCAGGACUCUGAAGGGCUACAUGUGGUACUUUCCGAAGACCAAGAGAGCAAGGGAACCGCAAUUGAAACGUGACAUUGAGAGCGCAUCACCAGACCAUCCUUGUGUAAGGCUAAAGCAGUUUGGGGAUGAGAUUAUGGCUGCCAAGUCAACCUGGGCAGCCUCCCACACAGAAAAAUAGCCCAGUGCACCAGGAAAGGGUGUGUUCAUGGCUUUAAUUCAUACCACUCAAGACACAUGCCCCAGAGUACCUGCUUGGUGGCUUGAGACUCCAGGGACCUCUCAGUGUAGCCCUUGCCUUGUGGAAAUGGCACCUACACCUAACACAGGACUUCACAACUCUUAACUCAUCUUUGGAAGGCAAACUCCAGACAGAUGCUAAACAUGUUCCCAAUCCUAGGAUCCUACUGAGGAAGGAGGGUGGUUGACAGCGGAUCCCACAGUAGUCUUGAUGAGUGUGAACAUUUGGCAGCACACUUCGAAAGCCUCACUUUGGGCCACCACCCUGCAGUGUUUAUUGUCCUAACAGCAUGUCUAGGUCAAACUUAAAGCUAGAAAAACUUUGAAAAUUCCUAGUCCUCACAUGGGCCAUUAAUGAACCUGGCUCCCUCCCUUCUGGGUGGAUUUCAUUCCCUUUAGCAAAAAAAGCUGCUAAAGUAUACUUUUAAUCAUUGCUAUUUCACUAUUGAUUUAAAAGUCAGGACCAUGAACAGGAGACAAAUUGGGAGACUACCCACACACACCUGCCUCUUCUACAGUACUAACAAGAUCAGGAGCCAACCAUUUCCAUUUAGGUACUCAAAAGUCAGUAAAAUUUUGUGAGCCAAGUAUGUAGUAGAACAGCCUAGGACAAUCUGAUCAAAACUGGCCAAUAAGCCUCUACAAGUAGGGCAGAUACUACAUAGGAUGGAGAUUGUACUGCUCAAAGAUUCCAAGUAGACAGAAUGGAGCCAAGUCAUGACUCAAAAGCUAAGGUGGGACACAGAAGUGUGAAUGCCUUAAAUGCUUUGAGAGUUUUCUGCGCCUCUAAGUCUAUAGUUGUAAAAACAGCUUAGACUGACCAGAAGUUUACAAACAUGGUUGCUAAAGCUAGACUAAUCACAAGUUUUACUUUCUUCAAAUACACAUUUUUAAGAACCAAUAACAAAGAAUUCUUUAUUUCAUAUUAGUUUAUGGUAGCUGUGUGAAGA